AGAGUAUUAAUUGCAGAGUAGGUAGCAGUUGCCGUCAAUGAAAUAAUUGGCAUCAAUUAUCAGAGCGCAUAAAUCUAAUUUCUGUCUCUUACACGGUAUCAUAUAGCAAAAAUAUAAUAUAAUAUAAUUAAGUAGUAGGUGAAUGGUUCUUCCUAAAUUGGCAACCACCUGAAAAAUGAAGAACCUGAGUUUAAAGUUCAUUGUUGCAAUAACAAUAGGAUUUGUAUUUUCAUGUGCAUCUGAUAUUCAUGAAAACUUCCUUAAGUGCCUUCACUUUCACAACUCCACGUCAAUCUCCAAUGUUGUUUACACCAAAUCCAGUUCCGCUUACGAUUCACUACUUCACUUUUCGAUUCAAAACCUCAGAUUCUCAUCCAACAACAUUCCUAAACCCCUUGUCAUUGUCACACCCCUGCAACCUUGUCAUGUUCAAGCCACUGUAAUCUGUUCCCAGCGCCACGGGUUACAGAUUCGAAUUCGAAGCGGAGGCCAUGACUUCGAGGGCAUCUCCUACGUCUCUCAAGUUCCAUUUGUCAUCAUUGAUUUCAUAAACUACAGAAACAUCCAAGUGGACUUACAAGACAGAACAGCAUGGGUUCAAGUUGGUGCAACUGUUGGUGAACUUUACUAUAGCAUUGCCACCAAAACCAGUACUCUUGCUUUUCCAGCAGGUGUAUGCCCCACCGUAGGAGUUGCAGGACAAUUCAGCGGCGGCGGUUAUGGAUACCUUUUGCGAAAAUAUGGGCUCGCCGCCGAUAACAUAAUGGAUGCUCACAUAAUUGAUGUGAAGGGUAGGUUUCUUGACAGGGAAGCCAUGGGUGAAGAUCUUUUCUGGGCCAUUAGAGGUGGUGGUGGAGCAAGCUUUGGAGUGAUCUUAGCAUGGAAGAUCAAGCUCGUUCCGGUUCCAUCAACCGUGACACUGUUCAGAGUUCCCAGGACGUUGGAACAGAAUGCAACGAAGCUUGUUCAUAAAUGGCAGAGUGUGGCAAGUAAACUCCCCAAGGAUCUAACCGUUAGUAUCAUGGUGCAGAUGGUGAAUUCUUCACACAGUAAUAAGGGGGAGUUAACUGUACAGGCCUUGUUUCAAGGUUUGUUUCUUGGAGGUGUAGAUAAGGUUAUUCCAUUGAUGCGAGAAAGCUUCCUUGAAUUGGGUUUGGUUAAAGAAGAUUGCACCGAGAUGAGUUGGAUCGAAUUUACUCUUCACUCGUGGGGAUUCGGUGGUCAACCUCUUGAGGUUUUACUCAACAGAAGUCAAGUCACAAGAGACAGUUUCAAAGCAAAAUCUGAUUAUGUCAAACAUCCUAUUCCUGAAAGUGGCUUAGAAGGAUUGUGGCGGUUGUUUUAUGAAGAUGGUGGCAAAGGAGUGUUAAUGGUUAUAUUUCCUUUUGGAGGCAGAAUGGGUGAGAUUCCGGAAUCCGAAAUUCCGUUCCCACACAGAGCUGGAGUGUUGUAUCAGAUUCAGUACGCUGUGCACUGGGAAGAAAAAGGAGACGAGGUUGCACAAAGGCACAUCCAUUGGAUCAGGAAGCUAUAUAGUUAUAUGGAACCUUUUGUGUCAAAGUCUCCUAGAGAAGCAUAUCUCAACUAUAGAGACCUUGAUAUUGGGGUAAAUAACAUUCAUGGCUACACAUCCUAUGAGCAAGCUAGCAUUUGGGGUUUUAAGUAUUUCAAAAACAAUUUCAAUAGAUUGGCACAUGUCAAGUCUAAAGUUGAUCCUCUUAACUUCUUUAGGUAUGAACAGAGUAUACCUUCUCUCAUGUGAAGGACAAAAAUUGAACUCUCAAUCCUCUCUGUAUUAACUGUGCCUUUCAAAUAAAGAAGAAGAAAAAUUAGGGCAUGUUCUAGCAACAAUUUUGAUUUUU